AUCUUUUAAUGACAUUUCAUAUAAAUACCUUUCAAACGGCAUAGAUUACGAUUAUAAAGAAAUUUGUGAAGAAUUUUUGUUCCUAGGGGGUGGGGAGAGGACUUUUGAAGAGAAAGAAAUUCAUAAAUUAUUUGGGGCUAAUGCAAUUUCGCACCUCUCCUUGAAAAAUGUAUUUUGUUGAAAAACUUUUUCUGGAUUCUUACUUUUAAGACGUCGGAGAUUACGAAUAUGCAAAAAAAAAAAAAUUUAACCCCACCCACCCCUUAAAUUUUUGAACUUUUUCGAAAAUUUUUUCCUAUUAUGUUUUAGAUGACGGAGAUUCCGAAUAUGCAAGAAACCACGUUUUCAAAAUUUUUAAUUCAAUAAGCAUAUAGAUAUGUGUAUAAAGAGAUAGAUAUGAAUGUAUUCCUGGAGCUAGAAACAAUAGUAACACCGUCUUCUAUAGGACUGCCACAUUUAGUUGACAAAUAUAUUUUAUGAAUAAACGGACAGGGAUAAAUAGAUAGACAGAUAAAUAAAUGGAUGAAAAAGUUCAAAAUUAAAAUUUUUUGUGUAUUUGUAAUCUCCGACUUCUAAAACGUAGGAAUCCGAAAAACUUUUUUCAAAAAACUGCAUUUUUCAAGGAGAGGUGCGAAACUGCAUUAGUCCCAAAUAUUUUUUUUUUGCUUCAUUGUAAUGGAAAAAAAGGGCAAAAGUAAAGUGGUCAGGGUUUUUAUUACACCGAAAACGGGUGGUGUACGUAUUCUAUACCUCCGCUGGAGGUAUAUUUUUCGUUUGAGUUAUAGAAAAACGUUUUACAAAAGAUAGCAUGUAUAAUGGUGAGAGAAACAAAGGCACUGUCAUGCUAUUAGCUGUCAGAAGUGAAAGUGCUCACUGCUAGUGAAGUAUCUGUCUGUCUGCCUGCAUGCCUGUUGCUGGCCUGUCGAUUCUUUGGCUACUGACAGCUAAUACCAUGACUGGCCGGAGCGAGCUAUAUGUCUGUCUGUCUGUCUCUCUCUCUCUCUAUCUAUCUAUUACUCGAAAGUUAUUGGAACAAAUUUGACACCUAUAUCCAUGCGUUUGAAAACACAACACAGAGUAUAAGGGUACUCGCGUCCGCGCUAGCUAGUCGUGAUGGGAAGAAAAUAUGUGUGAAGGUGAUUAUAUCAGAACGGUGCCCUCAUGUAGAGAGCCAUGAGGUUACUUUAGUUUUCAGUCUUUCUGAAGACUACCCUUCUGAAAGCUGCCCACAAAUCGAAGUAUCCAGUUACUCCAUAAAAUGUGAUGAUAUCCAAGACAAACUACAAACACAUGCUCAUAAUAAUGUUGGGAGUCCAUUAGUGCUUGAUUUGAUAAAUUAUGCUAAAGAACUUAUACAAGAUUUACACUCUUCCAACAUAUUUGACUGUACCCAACUUGCAACACACAGGGAGAACUCUGUGACAGAUACCCAAUCAUCAUCACCAUUGCCACCACUACCAUCAUCAUCACACACCAAGAACUUGAAAGUUAAGUCUCCUACAUCUCAGAAUAUUGGCAGUCAAACAGAAAUUAAGGAUGUUCAAAAUUGGACCUUAUUGAUUCAUAUUGACCAUAUGAGAGCUAAAGCAAAAUAUAUUAAAUUUAUCAAGAAAUGGUGCAGAAAUUUCCAGUUAAGUGGUCAACUAAUAUUUUUUAAGAAGAUUAUAUUACUUUUCCUUGUUGGAGAACACAACAAUUUAAAGUCAUAUCUAGUCCAACACAAGACAGUUUGUGUGGAUGUUGAUUCCAGAGGUGUUGGAUGCAAAGAGAAGAUGAUGACAGUUUUGUAUGAAGGGCCAUGUCUGAAAGACAGUUUGAAUAUAACACCAAGUGGCUUGCAAAUACAAGAAUGUUCUAGCUUGGAUGAAGUUAAGGAUAUUUUCACAAAUGCCAGUUCACAACAUCUAUUUGUAAAUUAUGUUUCUAAAUUAAAGAGUAUACAUCAUUGAA